AGUUGCUAGCACUGCUGCUCUGAACAGGACGCUCCAAGAUCAGACUCUCUCUCGAGAAACACUAGAGAGGGGAAGAAGAUGAGCACCCUAGGCAAAGUUAUUAAAUGCAAGGCAGCCAUUGCCUGGGAAGCAGGAAAACCUUUUUCUAUUGAGGAAGUUGAAGUUGCCCCACCUAAGAAUCAUGAAAUUCGAGUAAAGAUUGCUGCCACUGGGGUGUGCCACACUGAUGCUCAUGCUGUGAAUCCUUGUUUUAAGGCGGGCCUUUUCCCAGUGAUUUUGGGCCAUGAAGGAGCAGGAAUUGUGGAGAGCACUGGACCAGGAGUGACUAAGUUUAAGCCAGGUGACAAGGUUAUCCCCCUGUACAUGCCUCAGUGUGGCAACUGCAAAUUCUGUUUGAGUCCUAAAACCAACCUUUGUGAAAGGAUAAGCAAAAUUAAGACACCUAUUUCUGAUCAAGACCUGAUGCCUGAUGGUACCAGCAGGUUUACCUGCAAAGGGAAGCAAAUUUACCACUUCAUGGGGACUAGCACUUUCUCUGAAUAUACUGUUGUAGCAGAAACCUCUCUUGCCAAAAUUGAUGCUGCUGCUCCUCUGGAUAAAGUCUGUCUAAUAGGAUGUGGAUUUUCCACUGGUUACGGGGCUGCCAUCAAUACUGCCAAGGUAGAACCUGGUUCUAUUUGUGUCGUCUUUGGCUUAGGAGGAGUUGGCCUUUCAGCUGUCAUGGGCUGCAAAGCUGCUGGAGCUUCCAGGAUUUUGGGGAUUGACAUCAACAGUAAUAAAUUUGCACUGGCAAAAGAGUUAGGAGCCACUGACUGCCUGAAUCCUCAGGAUUUCAAGAAACCCAUCCAGGAGGUUAUAACUGAACUGACUAAUGGUGGUGUGGAUUUUGCCAUUGAGUGCAUCGGCAAUAUUGAUGUGAUGAAAGCUGCCACUGAAUGCACCUCAGUGGGAUGGGGGAGUUGCACACUUGUUGGAGUGCCUGCAGGUGGAGAAUCAGUCCCUGUUUCUCCAAUGAAGCUGAUAAUGGGACGGAAAAUAAAUGCCACUUUCUUUGGAGGGUGGAAGAGUGUAGAGUGUGUACCCAAGCUGGUGGCUGAUUAUAUGGCAAAGAAAUUCAGUUUGGAUGCCUUGGUGACAUACACAUUGCCCUUUGACAAACUCAAUGAAGCUUUUGACCUCAUGCAUGAAGGAAAGAGCAUCCGAACUGUCCUGGUUUUCUAAGAACUCAGCUUAAAUUUUUGAAGACUUUCAUCAGAACUCAAGCAUUAACCUCAGCCUGACUCACUGUUUAAUGAUUCAAUAUUCCUUCCAUUAUAUACAGUAAAUGACAAGAUGGAAUUAUUAGUAACUACAAAUCAUAAUAGACAGAAGCUAUAAUGACAAAGCUAAGUGCUUUGCAAAGAUAUGCAUGUCCUUUUCAGGGUUGUAUAAAGGUGAUACUAAUACUAAUACUUUUGUACAUUAUUUUUAAUUGUUUUGGUUCCUAAUUUUGUGAUAAAUAAAUUAUAUAGAAUGUG